GUCGAAUCAGUCUGUGCCGAACCGUAGCCAUCGUUGGGUGCUGAUCCGCGUUGUAAAGGUGUUGAUUCGCGUCGUCGCGUCGGAUUUUUUUCUGUUCUUCUUAACCGCCUCGUCUGGUCGUGCAUUCUAGGCGACCUUCCUCCUGUUCAGUUGCCGGCGUCGCUACCUCGUCGUCAUGUGUUGAGAACAACUCAACUCCUCAAAACUUGUCGAUCGCGCGCGCACCACCCCCGCCUAGCCUACGCCAACCGCGGCGUCGUCGUCGUCGUCGUCCUACGCCUGCCCGGAGGCCAAAAGAGAGUGUUGCUGUAGUUGCUGUAGUAGGAGGAGAUCUUCGUCAUCUGUGCGCGUAAGACGUCUUGGCCUUAGCCAAAGUCAUCGUCGUCUUCGAAGUCGCCCAGGCGUACAAUAUCUGCUCGUGAGAAUAAAAUAAAAGAAAAUAACUUUUUCGAAGGAGGGUAGUACGGAGAUCAUCAUAAGAAGAACGGUGUUGUGUCAUUGAACGGGUGUGCUGCUGCUGCUGUCUGAGGAAAGAUGAAGCUCCUACGCCUGGACUUGCUGGCUGCACUUUGCUGCGUGGUGUCGAUCUGCAAUGCAAAAGCAACCCACAAGGUAUUCUGCUCCGAGAACCAGAUGCGCGUCAAUGUGGUGCUGCCGAGCAACGAUUCAAGCACCUCGGUCUAUCUGGACGGCAUGAAGGGCUAUCCGGAACCGAAAUGCAAAGCCAUGAUCAAGGACACCCUGGCAGAGUUCGACUUGUCGCUGCAGAACAUCUACGAGUGUGGCGUCACCCGGGUCGUCAAUCAAAUUACGGGAAAGAAAGUUUACUACCAUCGGAUAAUCAUAGAGGGUGAUCAAGAAUUUGGCAAGGAAAUCAUCAGUGUCAAGUGCAUCACCAAUGGUCCUCUGUACAAUGUCACUCACGGUAUCGUGAAACGAGAUGUCUUGCCUGCCGGAUUCCAGGAACCAGAGGACCUCGAGAUAACAUCCAACAUAACCGGAAGUGCUCCGGAACCGUCUUUGAGCAUAGCCGUUCGUCAGGGCGAUAAGUUGGUUUCGGGUGACUUGAACGUCAGUCCAGGCACGAACCUGCAGAUGGAAAUCUUCCUGGACAGAAACUCGGCUCCGAUCUACGGUCUCGGUGUGAACUACAUGCAGGUUACCGAUACCCUAGCCCAAGAAGAAACCAUUAUUUUCAAUGGCUGUUCGGUGGAUCCAUAUCUUUUCGAAAACUUCAACACCCUGGCGGGAGAUCUGCUGACAGCCAAGUUUCGCGCCUUCAAAUUUCCCGAUUCCACCUACGUUCAGUUCCGCGGGACCGUCAAUGUUUGCGUCGAUCGUUGCAAGGGCGUUAUUUGUAGCAAUGGUCAAACGGCUUACGGUCGCAAACGGCGCGAGAUCAGCCAGAACUCGCCGGAUCCCAACAAAGUGUACGAAGUCACCAUGACCACCUUUAUCAAGGUCAAUUACGACGAAACGGCCGAUAAGAACACCGCUUCGGAGAUCGAUCAAAAGUUCCGGCAGCUGAAACUGGCCAACCAGAAGCUGGCCCGCAACAGCCGGGCGGGCAAUGUUUUCGAAAGCAUCCAUGACUCGAAAUCCGUUGAAUCUAGCCCCAGCAGCGAGAAUGCCAAGGUCGAGGAAACGAUUUUGUUCACGCGGGAGGUCAUCAGCCGGGAAAGUUUGGACCGCGCCGACAGUGGCGAUUCGCGGAGACUUCCGGCCGGGGCAACCAUUCUAUUUGCACUUGCUGCUGUGCUGUUGUUCCGCAGUGCCGCCCUCUAAACGAACGAUUUCCUACUAAUGAUCUCAGCGAUGAUAACGAUUUGAACACAAGCGACAGAAUAAUGAGCGGUCCAAUUUUUGGAAAAAAAUACUAGAACCCUCACUUUUACGUUCUACUAACUGCCUAAUGAUGAACCGAGUUCGGAACUGGCUUGCAAUGGACUUGUAAAUAUUACACAUCCACAACCAAUUAUAUUCUACAAAAAAACGUAACUACAAGAUUUGACUACCCUAGGAACAAGAGCGGUAAAUUCAACUAAUUUUAAUAGCCAACUAAAUGGACAACGAAUGGAAAACUAACUAGGAAACAACCGGACAAAUUUUAAACGAUUUUCGUUUUAAUCAGAUUUUAGAGAUCGUGGAGCUCGUUCCCACGUGUAAAAGUGUGAUUGUAAUUGUAAAAAAAAAACAAAUGGUUCAACAACCAUAUUUCACGUAAUAAUUCGCAAACGCUGAGUUGUUGAAAAACCGAACAAAUCAUGAAACAAACACAAUCCGGUGAUAGAUCGAUAAGCAAUGUAAGUUAUACUAGUCUAAUAACGAUUAAAAAUGCCGAUCAAACGAUAUUGGAAUUUGUAGAAUCGAUACGAACGAAAAUUUAGAAAAUUAGUAAGAUACUACUGUUAAGCGUAAUAGAAGCUGCCGAUAGUCGAUAAGCGGGCCAUUUGUGGGUGGGUGUUUUCGGGGUUGAGCCUCGAUGAAAAUCUAAACCCAAACCACAAACGCAUGAAGCGACUGAUUCGUAUGAUUGCGUAAUGUAACUCUUUGAACUUAACUAACAUUAUAUUUACUGGUGCCUAAUCAAGUAAUAUAACUAUAGAUACUUACUUCAUUUCUGCUGCUUUAUAAAAACUUCAUCGCUUGAAGGUUCCACACCUGACCUGCUUAUAGAACGGAGCUGUUACUUUUAGUUUAGAGCUAAACUGUAAAAUACUAAAAUAAUGGCAAUAAAACACUAACGAUA